ACCGUGUAACACGCGAUUACCAGGCGUUCAAGCCAAACCGGGACUUGAAGACUAAAAGAAGAGAUCCCGGCGCAUCUUUAUUAACUUAGUCGUGCUGGUAAGUAGUGACACGUGUCUCGUGUUACCGCAUGGUGUCGCUAACGUGUCAAGCCGCGCGAAUCGCGUGUUAAGCAAAAUGGAGAGCGACCGUCUCAGUGCAAGCAUGAAACAGCGUAUUGUGAUGAAAUUUCUGGUGAAAGAAGGCGUGAAACCGAUUGAUAUUUACAGAAGACUUCAAGCACAGUACGGUAUCCAGGCUCUCAGUCGCAGUAAAACAUUUGAUUGGUGCAAACGCUUUAAAGAAGGCCGUACGUCCGUGAAUGACGAUCCGGGCCGAGGUGGCUCCGGGCCAACUGCAGUCAUUCCCGUGAACAUUCAGCGAGUGGAAAACCUGAUCCUUGAAAAUCCACUGAUAACCUGCCGCCAAAUUGCAGAAGAGACGCAUCUGUCUGUUGGAACUGUUCACACAAUCAUUCAUGAACGGCUGCAUUUCCGCAAGGACUUGAAGGAGAAGCUCCUUGAGGAGAAGGAAAAUGGAAAGGAGGCCACUAAUGGAAAGGAAAACGAGGAAAACGGAGAGCCCGAGAUUGAUGACGAAGAGGAGGACGAAGUAGACGAAGAAGAAGAGGAGGAAGAUGGAGAGGGAGACGAGGAUGAUGAGGAUGAGGAAGACGAGGAGCUGGGUAGAGGAUCGAAACGAGGGGCCGAUGAGGAUGAUGAGGACGAUGAGGAGGAGGUCGACCUGAAGAAACCGAAGAAGGGCGAUGAUUAAAAGGAUUGUUUAAUGCUACUGAUCCCGUGUAGAGCUCAUCGGCACAUUUGUUGGAGCCAGUGGCAUAAAGGACUCAAACAUCAAACAUGGUCAUUGUUUUCUCCCCCACGUUCCCACGUCUCACCCACUAACCCCCAAUGCAAAAUUUUUUAGAGGGAAAACUCCAACACCCAGAUCCCCAACACGACGACAAAGUUCACAAGACGAGGAUUUGUUUGUAUUUUUAUUUACAUUUUAUAUUUUUGUACAUAUUGUUAAGGGAUCAGUCACUUGAUCGUGAUCUCCUGUGACCAAAACGGUGCUUCUUUAUGAAAUUUUACUUGUUUGACCAUGUCUCGCAAACUUUGGAAACAGAAACAUUUAUAAAAUCAGCCAUUUAACUCUGAGCAUUCCAGUCAGAUUUUAUGUAUGAACUUUAGUUUAGGUUAUUUUUUUUUUUCGUAUGGGAGGGCUAGGCCAAAGAAAUGGAGUUCUUAUUGGUUUUUUGUUUGCAUUUGUUUUACCUUGGCCUGUCUGUGUGUGUGAAGUUUGUUCAACAAUAAACCUGACUUUUAUUUUGUGA